GCUGUAAUGAGCAAUUAAAAAGUUUGGGGGCUAAAUGCUAAUAUAAUACACUGUAUGAUUGCAGGCCUCAUUCAGUCUUCUAGAAGUCGGAUUUGUAGUUGCGAUCUCCUUUCUCUCUCUCACUCUCACUCUAACAAUGGCGAAGCUGUCGAAUCUUCCGAUAUAUGCAGCUCGCGUUUACUUUUUCCUCAUCAUCCUCCAAAUUCCGUUUUUUAGGAUACCAUGUAGAUCGGGUAUGUGUACAUCACCUAUCCAGAUCACAUCUAGCCAGCUAAUUGCAAGUGACAUCUUUCCAUCAGCUGCAGUUAAAGCAAUACCUGAUCUACAACGCCUAGAGGUUCUUGCAGGAAGCUACUUCUCAGUGGCAGGAGCAUUUAUCGGUUUACUAAAGCCUCAAAGAAUGAGCAUGUUUGGGACACUUUUAAUUGUAUGGGGACUUGUGAAAGAAGGUUUACUUGGAAAACAACCGGUAAAUACGGACCCCACAAGAUCCGUAUAUGUUUACCCAACAAUGCUAAUUGCAGUGCUUUGUGCCUUUUCUUCUGUUAAAUAUAACUUCCAAAAAGCCAUUGCAAAACCUGCUCCUCGUCCUUUAGCUAAACCCCUUAAAAGCUCAAAAAAAUCUAAGUUAAGAUGAGAUCACAACAUAUCAGUACCUACCAAAACUUUGGAUUUUACCCACUGGAU